AUGGCCGCCAUCGUUGGUCAUUACAACUUUUGGAACUUAACAAGUGAGAAAGCUUUGCGAGAUGCUUGGCUGCAUCUUGAAAAUGUAAAUUCUCUGUCGCUUACCAGUUUUGUUCUGUCGAUAGUCAUGGCGCCCAUAAUAGUGCUUGGCAAUGCGCUGGUCUUGAUAGCAGUUUGGAAAGAUCCGCUUGAAAAACUUCGAUCAUCACCAUCUAAUUUUAUUCUGGUGUCCAUGGCUGUCGCUGAUCUGUCAGUUGGGCUAAUUGUUUGUCCAAUCACGGCGUAUUGGGGCUGGGUAAUAUUUGACAAAGGAACGUCCGUCUUUGAACUCUCCGUUAUUUUCGCAAUCAAUGUGUUUUCUGUGAAUGUCAGCUUUGGCCACAUGUUCCUAUUAACAGUGGAUAGACUUUUGGCCGUGGUCAAACCGCUUCAGUAUCGUGUUAUAAUAACAAAUAAACGGGCAGUCAUUACAAGUUGUAUUUGCUGGAUCUAUUUUUUGGCCUUUGGAUGUUCGUUUCUGAUGCUGAGGGAUUAUUUUGCCAUAAUGGGAGCGGUGGACAAUGUGCACCUUCUCUCUAUCCUUGUGAGCAUGCUUAUUAUGUACUCUGUGAUCAUGAUUCGUUUUCACAGAUAUUCAAAGACAAGAUUAAAUGAGCCAAUUCAUUCCCGAAACAGUCUACUCCUCAUCGUCAAGAGAGAAAGAAAUCUCUUUAAAGCAAUUACCAUAGUCAUCUGUGCAUUUCUUAUUUGCUACUUGCCUUCGUUUAUAGGGCUGACUUUGAUAUAUUUAUGCAAACCAUGCCACUCUCAUUUGGCUUCGCUUAUGACCUUCUUUGGAUUUUCGACCUGUUUAACGCACUUAAACUCGGGCUUGAAUCCGAUUCCCUAUUCGUGGCGGCUUCCAAAAUACAGAGAAACAUUCCAGUAUUUUUGGAAAAAG